AUGCCCCCUUCGCCGCCUGCCAACCUUGCAGGCGACGGCGAUAUGACGGAUUCCAAGAGCCACUCAGCUCAGGGCGCCGUCAUCCCAGGCGCACAGCCGGAACCCCAGCAGUCUCCUUCACCUGACGGAGCAGACACCCGUCCUAGCCCUGAUGCGCCAACGCCUGCCCUUGCGCGACUAACACGCACCAGCACACAGCUCUCCGUCAAAGACAAGGAGUCAAAGGUCCAGCUUCGUCCGACCCCUUCCAACCAUUCUGCCAGCGUUGGUCUCGACCCGCUGAGUACACAAAUAUAUCUCCGCACCAAUAACAACACCGAGCACACUCCCAGCAUCGCACAACGACUACGCAGCUCUGGCCGUCCUGAAGGCACAAAUGCCGAGGGCCCGGGAUCUCAAGCGGCUGACACGUCGACCAGGCCGCCACAGAACCGCGUUGUAGAUGCGACUAGAGAAUGGAGAAGGGGAUCUUCCUUCCUGAGCCGAUUAAGUAUGCGACCACCCUGGGCCAGAGACGAUGACGACCCCGACUCGGACUCGGAGAUGGGCGAACCCCGUGAGAACGGCACUAGCGCCCGUGCCUUUACAUCCUUCAUUGGUGACGGAGGUGGCUACAUACCGUCGUUCAAGGACCCGCCCAGAUACAUCCAUGUAAAGACUCGCAACAAAAAGACUAAAGAGUUCAACCGCAUGUUCCUGGCUCAGGAGCUGACGGUGGGCAACUCCGAUGACGAAGGGGAGUCGCAAGGGCGGGCUCCUGCCACUGCCAUCGGCAAGAAAAUCCUCAAGGGGUCGUCUGCCGCCAUCUGGACUGCCGAAUUCAGCCUCGAUGGCAGGUACCUGGCCAUAGGGGGCAAGGACAAUAUGGUUCGGAUAUAUGCCGUCAUAUCGACACAUGAGGACCGUAGGGCCCAGGAGGAAGACGAGGAGUUGAACCAUGCCGGCAGCGAGAAGCUCAGCGCGCCCGUCUUCCGGGAUAAGCCGGUACACGAAUUUACGGGGCACACGGGUGAGGUACUGGCUCUCAGCUGGAGCAAGAACGGAUUCCUGCUGUCGUCGUCCAUGGACAAGACCGUCAAACUGUGGCACCCGCAGCGCCCUGAGUGCCUGGCCACCUUUGUGCACAAUGAUCUCGUCACAUCCAUCGCCUUUCACCCUACAGACGACCGCUUUUUCUUGGCAGGCUCCCUGGAUGCCCAACUCCGCCUGUGGAGCAUCACUGAGAAGUCUGUCCCCUACUCGGCUGAGACGUCCGAGUUCAUCACUGCCGUGGGGUUCACGCCCGAUGGAAAGACGGCAAUUUGCGGCUCCCUCAGUGGAAUGUGCACAUUCUACAACACGGAAGGCCUCGAAGCCCAGUACCAGAUCCACGUGCGCUCGUCCAGGGGCAAGAAUGCCAAGGGAAGCAAAAUCACGGGUAUUCAGACGAUCCAGGUACAGCACGGCAGCGACAAAGGCGAUGUCAAGGUGCUCAUCAGCUCCAACGAUUCGCGCGUGCGCAUAUACAACAUGAGGACACGAAUGUUGGAGAACAAAUUUCGUGGACAUGUCAACCAGUCCAGCCAGAUACACGCUCGGUUCAGCGAGGGCGGUGAAUAUGUCGUGUGUGGGAGCGAAGACCGCAAGGCAUACAUCUGGAGCCCCGACAACACCGAUGCCGAGGCGAGGGACAAGCGGCCCUACGAGUACUUUGACGCCCACCCUGAGGUGGUGACCGUUGUGGUCAUGGCACCUAUCAAGAGCAGGCAACUCCUAAGUGGCUCUGGGGAUCCAAUUUACGAUCUCUGCAAUCCGCCGCCGGUCAUGUUGGUGAGCUUGGACGAGAACCAGGUCAACACCUCAGACGCGGGUAGGAGUGAGCUCAGUAAACACGGCAUCAGCGGCAAGAAGCCCGAGGAAAGUCCGGCGUAUAUUGAACGAAGCAAGCACCUCGACGGCAACAUCAUCGUAACGGCAGACCGCACAGGCACCAUCAAGGUAUUCCGCCAAGACUGCGGAUUUAACAAGCGACAGCAGCACAUGUGGGAGACCGGCUCCAAACUCUCCGGCAAGCUGGCGGCCGGAGUUGGGCGCAGCUCCAGCAUCAGGACGAGGACCAGCCGAAACAGCCGUGUGCAGUCACGGCGAGAAUCGCUCAACAUCAGUCAGAGCCCCAUGCUUCCGCAGAUGGCAUCUGACAGGAUUAUGAGCUGGCGUCAGGACGUGGACGGAGGGUUCAGACCCAGCAGAAACGCGACGCCCACCCGCAGUGAGCGAUCGGCAUCCCCAACCAAAGCAGCUCAGACGUCGACCAAUACGUCGGCGGUGCAUCUGGCGCGGGACUCGGUAAACAGCCCGCACAGCACACCUCCUAGCAAGAAGAGUCCCCACACAAGCCCGAGGAGCAGCACCCACACCAACCGGACAGGAAGAGGUGUGCUGCCAGAUAAGGGCCGAAUGUCUCCUCCGCUGCCGAGCUUCAAUUUCCUCAGUAUAUCCGACCCAAAGGAUGGCAAAAGCGAGAGCGGAAUUUAG